AUGGCAAUGAAGAUGAAGGGCAUCUACAAAAGCUUCAAAAUGGUCUCUCAAUUAUUUGUUGUGAAAGAACGAGACAUGGAAAUUGGGCACCCAACAGAAGUAAAACAUGUGAACCAUGUUGGCUGGGAGGUAUCCUCUGGCAGUGCACCUGCUUGGUUAAGUGAGUUUAAGGCAGAAGCGGAACCUUUGUCUCCAAUACCAUCAUCUUUUUGUCAUUCAAGCAAUUCGAAGUCUGUAUUGACCACUUCUUCAUCCACUGAUUUUGAUCAGAGAUCAAGCCAACCAUUUAUAUCAGAUAGGCCAAGGGAUGUGCCUCCCGUUCCAGUAGGUCUAUCCAAGAUUCAAAGUAAGAGCAAGAAUAGGAGAAAGUAUUCAUCUUCAACAUCAGCCAAAUCCAAAUUACCAUCUCCAAAAUCUUCAAGAUCAACGGGAUCUAGAUAUUCCUUCAAAUCAAUGACAUGUCGGUCAAACUCUAAUGCUUAAAGGUAAAUUCAAAGGGGCAAUGAAAAAAAGAAACAAAGCUUGUGUUUGGUAUCUCUCUUGAUUUUCAUUUUUCUCAAAAAAUUUGUGUUGUAGUUCUGGGAU